GUUUGAAAUGCGAAAAAUAAGUCUACUUUUUCUCAAGAGGUCUCAUUUCAGCCUACUGUCAUCACUAAAAUAUAGAUUGCUUGCUUUCAUUUUCAGGAUGUUUCUUCAAUUAAUACCAUUAAUAUAAUAACUUUGAUAUCAAUUAAAAAGUAUUGUUGUUCGCUCCAAAUCACUUGGUUAAGUACGCCUCUCCAAAGAUGCAAACAAUUAUCUUACUUCAUUAUUUCCUUAAAAAUUAAUUCUUAUUAAAUAAAGUAUGGUCUAUCUAACGAAAAAAGUAUACAAAAGGCAUUUACUAGUAUUUAGCCAGUCCGCCUAAAUUUCUUACCCUUUGGUAGACUUACUUUCUACAACAAACUACCUUAUUCCCAAUAUAUAAUUUGAGAGCUUUUUAGAAAAGCUUUUCUUCAUAGAAUAGUAUUUUUUAUAUUGUUAAUUUGGGUUUGUUGCCUUGUGAAGGAGUUUAGGACCAAUUCUUUUGAUAUAUAGAACUUUUGAAAAAAAAAAAUGGCAAGGGGAAGACGCGCAAAUCAGCGUGAUGCUGAUUUGGAUUUAGAAAAUAUCCAAGGUGAGAUUGAAGAAGUAAAACCGGCUCCCAAGCCAAAGACAAAGAAGAACAAAAAGGCUUCCAAGAAAAUGGAAACUGUUCUUGAUGAUGAAUCUGAUUCAAACUCUGAUGGAGAAGAGGAAAAAAGUGUUUCCCCUCCUAAGAAGUCUUCCCGUCAAAAUAAAAAACCAGUUAAUGCCUUUGCUGCAUUCGCUGACGAGCAGGAAGAUGAAGAUGAAUCUGAGUCAGAAGAAUCAGUUGUUGAAGAAUAUCCCAAGAAGAAAAAGAAGAGUGACAAGAAAUCAAGUCGUAAGAAUGCUUUUGAUUCUUUAAACGAAGACAUGGAUGAACUUUCCUUGAAGGAUGAGAAGGAAGAGACUUCUACUUCCAAGAAGGAAAAGAAGAAAUCCAAGAAGUCUGAUGAGCCUAAGAAGGAUCGCAAGACUCGCAAGAAAGAAGAAAAGGCUCAAAAAAUGGCUUCUUUGAUGGAACCUAAAGAGAAGAAUGAGUCCUCCGGUAACGGACCUCUUAACCAAAAUCAAAACUUGAAAGAUGGUUUGCUUUCUGGUCGUCUCAUUUUUGCUUAUGCUUCUGGACAGAAAGUGUCUGCCGACGGUUCUGAUCCAUCAGCCGGUAUCACCGUUACCGGUAAUUUACUCAGUCCUCCCAACAGCCGUGAUUUGCAAGUAGAGAAACUGUCAGUAUCAGCUUAUGGUAAGCAUCUCAUCAAGGACUCUGAACUCAGCUUAAUAAAUGGUCGUCGAUAUGGUUUAAUCGCACCGAACGGUACCGGCAAGUCUACCUUACUUCACGCAAUUGCAUGUGGACAAAUUCCUGCCCCUCAGUCUUUAGACUUUUAUUUAUUAGAUCGCGAAUAUAUGGGCAAUUCACUUACCUGCGUGGAAGCAGUUUUGGACAUCAAUGAGCAAGAGCGUAAACACCUUGAAACCAUAAUGGAAGAUCUUCUUGAUGAUCCAGAUAAGAAUGCUGUUGAGUUGGAUACUAUCCAAACUCGUCUUACUGAACUUGAAACAGAUAAUAGUGAACAUCUUGUUUACAAGAUUCUCAAGGGUCUGCAGUUUACUGAUGAAAUGAUCGCGAAGCGAACUGAAGAUCUAAGCGGUGGAUGGAGAAUGCGUAUUGCUUUGGCUCGUAUUCUGUUUAUUAAGCCUACUCUUAUGAUGCUCGACGAACCUACCAAUCACCUUGACCUUGAAGCAGUAGCAUAUUUGGAAGAAUACUUAACUCACGAAAUGGAAGGUCAUACUGUGUUGAUUACUUGCCAUACUCAAGACACUUUAAAUGAGGUUUGCACCGAUAUCAUUCAUCUCCACCAUCAUAAGCUUGAUUACUAUUCGGGUAAUUACGAUGUAUUUCUCAAGGUUCGUGGAGAGCGUGAUGCCCAGUUAGCUAAGAAGGCACGUCAACAAGAGAAGGACAUGGCUAAAUUACAAAAUAAAUUAAAUAUGACUGGAAGUGAUCAACAAAAGAAAGCUAAGGCUAAGGUAAAGGCUAUGGACAAGCGUCUUGAAAAAGAUAAGCAAUCCGGCAAGGUUCUAGACGAAGAAAUUAUUCAAGAGAAACAGCUAGUUAUUCGUUUCCAAGAAUGCGGUGGCGGUAUACCUUCACCUGCUGUUAAAUUUCAAGAUGUUUCUUUUAACUAUCCUGAAGGUCCUACUAUUUUCUCCAAUUUGAACUUUGGUUUAGAUUUAAAUUCCAGAAUCGCUUUGGUAGGUCCUAAUGGUGCUGGUAAGACUACAUUAAUUAGAUUGAUCCUUGAAAAGGUUCAACCUACUGUUGGAAGCGUUGUUCAUCAUCAUGGUCUUCGAUUGGCUUUAUUCAACCAACAUAUGGGUGACCAAUUGGAUAUGAGAUUAUCCGCAGUAGAUUGGUUACGUACUAAAUUCGGUAACAAGCCAGAAGGUGAAAUGAGAAGAAUCAUCGGUCGUUACGGUCUUACUGGUAAGAGUCAAGUCAUUCCCAUGAGCCAACUUUCCGAUGGUCAGCGUCGCCGUGUCCUUUUUGCUUUCCUCGGUAUGACUCAACCUCACAUUUUACUUCUUGAUGAACCUACAAAUGCUUUGGAUAUUGACACUAUUGAUGCGUUGGCUGACGCUUUAAACAACUUCGAUGGUGGUGUUGUUUUCAUUACUCACGACUUCCGUCUUAUUGAUCAAGUUGCUGAAGAGAUUUGGGUCGUUAAGGAUAAUACUGUGAAAGAGUUUGAUGGUGAAAUCCGUGAUUACAAGAUGAUGCUUAAAGAGCAGAUUGCUAAGGAUAGAGAAAAUGAAAAAGAAGCAGAAUUGGCUAAACAGAAGAGUAAAGCCUUGAGAUAAUUAUAAAGGUAUAUUUGGUUAUUUUUUCUGUGUUUGUUUAGUCUAUUGGUUUAUAAUUUUAAAAUAAGAAUAAAAUUAACUCAACAUUUCACAAGUUUGAUGAUGAUAAAUUUGGAAUUUUGUUUUUCUUGACAAAAGCCCCUAGCAAGGUGACUCAUGCGUGUUCAAAAAUUGAAAUAACU